CCUCCUCGGCUUCCGUAGAGGAAGUCGCGCGAACCUGUAUCUGGGAUUUCUGUGCCCCCCUUCCCCUUCCCCUUCGCGGGGUCCGGGGGUGACAUUGCACCGCGCCCCUCGCGGGGUCGCGUCGCCGCCCACGCGGACCCCUGGCCGGGCCCCCGUCCGAGUCUCCGGGCCGGGCCUGCGCCCCGCCCCCAGCCGCCCGCCAUGGGGGCCGCGGUGUUUUUCGGCUGCACUUUCGUCGCCUUCGGCCCGGCCUUCGCGCUGUUCCUGAUCACGGUGGCCGGGGACCCGCUUCGCGUCAUCAUCCUGGUCGCGGGGGCAUUUUUCUGGCUGGUCUCCCUGCUCUUGGCCUCUGUGGUCUGGUUCAUCUUGGUCCAUGUGACCGACCGAUCGGAUGCCCGUCUCCAGUAUGGCCUCCUCAUUUUUGGUGCUGCGGUCUCUGUCCUUCUGCAGGAGGUGUUCCGCUUUGCCUACUACAAGCUGCUUAAGAAGGCAGAUGAGGGGUUAGCAUCGCUGAGUGAGGACGGAAGAUCACCCAUCUCCAUCCGCCAGAUGGCCUAUGUUUCUGGUCUUUCCUUCGGUAUCAUCAGUGGUGUCUUCUCUGUUAUCAAUAUUUUGGCUGAUGCACUUGGGCCAGGUGUGGUUGGGAUCCAUGGAGACUCACCCUAUUACUUCCUGACUUCAGCCUUUCUGACAGCAGCCAUUAUCCUGCUCCACACCUUUUGGGGAGUUGUGUUCUUUGAUGCCUGUGAGAGGAGACGGUACUGGGCUCUGGGCCUGGUGGUUGGGAGUCACCUAUUGACGUCAGGCCUGACAUUCCUGAACCCCUGGUACGAGGCCAGCCUGCUGCCCAUCUAUGCAGUGACUGUCUCCAUGGGCCUCUGGGCCUUCUUCACAGCCGGAGGGUCCCUGCGAAGUAUCCAGCGCAGCCUCUCGUGCCGACGGCAGGAGGACAGUCGGGUGAUGGUGUAUUCUGCCCUGCGCAUCCCACCCGAGGACUGAGGGCACCUGGGGGGGACCCCUGGGCCUGGGGGACCCUCCUGACCUCCUCGCUCUGUAUUUCUCCAUCUCCAGUUCUGGACAGUGCAGGUUGCCAAAAAAAGGGACUAGCCUAGCCUUGCCGUGGAGAUGACGUGGCCAGGCUCAGGUAGUUGCGCUGAGCCCCAGGAGCCUUCCCAGACUGGACAGCUUGAUCUUUUUCUCAGGUCUGAGCGGAGCUGUUUCUGGUGUGAUAAAAGACCCCAAAUUGCCUUUUUUUUUUUUUUUCCCAAGCGGGCUGCAGGAGGUGGAACUCCCUCCUGCCCUCCUUGGACAAUACUUUCCCUCCGCCAGUCACCCAUGGCUGGGCUGGUACCUGUCCGCCUGCCCCGUGGCCCGGGCCUCGGCGGCGAGGAAGGCCGUGCAUGUGUGGGAACUGGCAUUACUGGAACUAAUGUGUUAACCUCCUUGGCCACCAGCACCUCUCCUCUCCCCAAGGUGAAGUGGAGGGUGCUGUGGUGGAGCUGGCCCCCCAGAGCUCGGUGCCCGGGCGGGAGGAGAGAGAACACCGUGCCGUCGCAGGGAAGGGGGCAGACUUUUUCUAGUUUUUAAUUGGGGUGUGCGGGGGGUGGGGAGGUUUUCUAUAAACUGUAUCAUUUUCUGCUGAGGAUGGUGUGUCCCAUCCUUUUAAUCAAGGUGGUUGUGAUUUUGACUAAUAAAAAGGACUUU